AAGGCUCUGCAAUUCCUGGUUUGCACCGAAUUGAAGCGCUUUGCAACCAGUCGGGGGGGCAGAAAUUCACUUUCGCGGUGGGGCAAUGCGGGGUAGAAGUAGAACCCAUAAUGCGCGGCCGAUUGCGCAUGCUGGGACUUAUGCUUAAACUGCAAUCAUCCGGACGGGCGCUAGAUAGCGUAGCGGUAGAGAGUCGGGCUUUAUUGCAUUGCGUGGCUCCUUCUAGUAAUUCCCUGGCAUUUUGCAGCAUUGGGUAUCCGUAACGGUGGGGCGCCAGCUUGGAGAAGGUGACUGCAGAGGAACUAGACCCUAAAGUAGAAAAAGAUGUUUGCGGCCCGUUGUGCACGCUUGCUUCUUCGGCGUUGUUCUUCUCUUCCAUCCACAAAAACUAGCGUGGCCCCCAGACAGCUCCAAAUCCGAGAAGCAUUGGAGAUCCAAGAUCCAACUGGGUGUGGUGUUAAAAUUCAGGGUUGGGUCCGUUCCGUCCGGUCUCAGAAAGGAAUUUUGUUUCUCCAUGUCAAUGAUGGCUCCUCAUUGGAGCAUCUCCAGGUGGUGGCAGAUCCAUGUUUGGAGCCCAGGACGCUGACUUUUGGCAGUUCCGUGGAAGUGCAAGGGAAGCUGGUGAAAAGUCCGCACAAGGGACAAGGGGUGGAGCUGGCGGCGGAGAAUAUACGUGUAGUGGGACCUUGUGACGUUUUGGCAUUCCCUCUGAAAUACAAAGUCCAUCAUUCUCUGGAAUAUCUCCGAGAGCUGCCUCACUUCCGAUGCCGAAGCAACGUGCUGGGUGCCCUGUUGAGGGUACGCAGUGAAGCCACUGCAGCAAUCCACUCCUAUUUCAAGGAAAAUGGGUACACCCAUAUACACACCCCGAUAAUUACGUCCAACGACUGUGAGGGUGCUGGCGAAGUCUUCAAAAUUGAGCCUGCAAAUGAAGAGAGAAAACCCGGAGAAGAACACAAUUUCUUCGGUAUUCCAGCAUUCCUCACAGUCUCGGGACAGCUCCAUUUGGAAGUCAUGAGUGGGGCAUUUACUAAAGUGUUCACUUUCGGCCCAACCUUCCGAGCAGACAACUCUCAAACCCGCAGACACCUAGCGGAGUUUUAUAUGGUGGAGGCCGAAGUAUUUUUUGUUGACACGCUUCAGGAUAUAAUGCAGGUUAUAGAAGAUCUUUUCAAGACCGUGACAGACAGAGUGCUAGCCAAAUGCCCUCAAGAUGCUGCCUUUUUUCAUAAACGUAUAGCUCCUGGGCAUGAGGCCAAAUUAGAAAAAAUGUUGAAGAACCGUUUUUUAAUAAUGUCCUAUACUGAAGCCAUUGAAAUUUUGGAGAGGUCUCAACAAGAAUUCACUUACAAACCAGCCUGGGGGCAGGAUCUCCAGAGCGAACACGAGAAGUACCUGGUGCGACACUGUGGCGACAUUCCCGUUUUUGUGUACAACUAUCCCUAUGAUCUGAAGCCGUUCUACAUGCGAGACAACGAAGAUGGACCUCGUAGGACUGUAGCAGCGGUUGAUCUACUGGUCCCAGAAGGUGGAGAACUUUUCGGUGGGAGUUUGAGAGAAGAUCGCGUGGAUUUUCUGCAAUCUCGCUUACAAAGGUUGAAGCUUGAAGACACCUAUCAAUGGUAA